AUUUGUGCUCACACGAUCAUUCAAUUCUUCCUCUUAUUCUGCUACAAAAUCUGUCUAUAAUGCUUCAACUUCUCAAAGAUCCCGAAUUGACGAGAUUCGUCCUCGACUAUGUCCUGGAGACACCUGGAGGUCGUCGUACCGUUUCGCGAAUUUCGCGGACUUGCAAGGCCGUCUCGGAGAUGGCGCUCAAUUCGCUGUGGAAGGAGCUAGACUCAUUACUACCACUUCUUUCUCUCUUUCCUGGCCACCUCUUCAAGAGGGCUCGUCGACCAGGUCAGGGCUUUGAGAAGCCACCUCAGCCAGAGGACUGGAAUCGUGUGCUCGUCCACGGAGAUCGGGUUCGAAAGAUUGCCUACAAUGAGAGCGUUGGCAAUGUUCACCCGGGCAUCUUCUCUAUUAUUGAGAAGACCAAACCGAGGGACUACAUUCUUCCUAACUUAAAGUUUCUCCAUUGGAAAUGUGAAUCUAGUGAAGGACUGGAAAGGAGCAAGCUUUUCUUGAAUCCUCAGCUCCGAUCUGUGACGCUUGAAGUUGGUGGAGGUGUGCCACAGGAAGACCUUGCCGAAUUCCUUUCGGUUGUUUCAUCAAGCACGCGAUUAACAUCGCUCUCCGUUACCUCACCCACGCGGUUACCUCAUUACCUCCCUCGCCUGCUCCAGCAGCAGACGACUCUGGAAAAGGUUGCACUGAUGGCGCCUGGUGCGCUUGCUCCUUCUAUCGGACGCUGGUUGUCGUCUAUUCCAUCGCUUAAGAGUCUGCAAAUCGAAGUUGGAGACCGCUCUGAUGGUGUUAUCGCGAGUUUCUUCAAUGGUGUUCCAACUUCUGGAAAGUCGUCACCUGGAUUUGUCUCUCCAGACUUUGUGAUGACACCGCUCUCUGCAGCAGAUUCGACUGUUCUUGUCAAUUUUGCCACGGAGCCAGGAUUUAAACAAUUACGACACUUAAGCAUUAGCGGAGAGUUGGGCUCUGCGACUAAUUUCCUCGCUCGGGUCUCAGCACCUCUUGAAAGCAUCGAGUUGGCCCUUGACGAACCCGACAACGAAAAGGAGUGGCGUUCUUUAUGGCUCACCGUGAGCAGGCAGUUCAAGAACAGUCUUCGUUCAAUCGUGAUCUCGCCAUCGAGCAAUUCGCGGUUUGUGGAUCUUAUCCGCUCUACCACGCGGGGGGACAAUUCCGCCCGGCGUUUGCGACUAGACGGAUUAGUGAAUACGGAAAACUCGAGGGUCAUCUUCCCUCAACUUACACAUUUCGAAGUGGACCUCCCGCAAUCGCGCAUCUUCCUUGACGAGGACCUGCAGCACCUUGCCACUGCGUGUCCCAAACUUCAGAUAGUCAAACUUUGCCCGCUCUCGAGAUGGCCUCUUCCGUAUGGUCCUCCGAAAGUGACGCUGACAGGUCUGGCACUCUUAACAGCAGGUUGUGAACAACUGCAUACGCUGCAUAUCCCGAUACACGCUCACCGAACGGACAACCGUACUCUAUUUGAGAUUGAAACCUCCUCACGUUCUUUGACAACCUUACAUCUUGGUCAUUCAUGGGUCGACGAUCCAUUAAACGUCGCAAUUCAUAUUAGUCACUUCGCUCCCUACCUCGAAAACUUAAAGUUCUUCCGUGAGAAGAACAGGCCUGGCUACGUUGAGGCGCAUUGUUCUGGAUGGCAGCGCGUUAGCGAAAUACUUCCACAACUGCAGCAGCUUCGCCUACAUGAGCGGAGCCACGGCCAAACCACUGGUUUCACUAGCCGUCCUGCAGCACCGAGCGAUCCCGCUUCUUCACCUUCCUUCAUGCGCCUGCCUGGGACACCCCCACUACGCAAGACGGUGACACGGGCAGUACAAGCAACACCCGUUACGAAGGAAUUCGCUAUACAGACCAAGGUUAAUGUUCGGCACAAAGGUAUCUCAACAAAACCCGUGCCUUCGGAGAUGCGCGACGAGGGCAUCGAUGCUAGGCCUUUUGUGCGCGACGAGAUUGUCCAAGCACGACCAACAAUGCACGAACAAGCUGUCGAGGCGCAACCGCUUUUGGUUUCCAAGCUUGUCGAAACGUUGGUAAUUCCGGACAAAGUGACUGCUGAUGCCUCGACUUCUCCUAUCAGAGAAAAAUUCGAGGAAGACACCACCUCGAACGAUGAAUCUUCCUCCGCGCCAUCUGGUUAUCUCGCCCGUUCCGCCGAUUAUUUGACGCAAAUUGUGCACGCCGUAUCGCCGCCUAUUUUCCUCAGGCUAUUCAGUCUCUUUAACCUAUGGGCGAUCUUCCGAAUUCAGCCUUGAAAAACACCUUUCGCUUACCUCACUUGAUUGACCAAAAUCCGCGCAGCGAGUCCGCGAUUCCCGCCCCUGGGUUCACUUCGUUCGUUCACCGUUAUUCUCGGAUACGUUCAUUCGAUAUGCUUCUAUGCGCUUCUUAUGAGUCCCCUUUCAUCACGUAUGCUUUAUGAAUUUCCCUCAGCCUGGUAUGCUGCAUUUUCUCUUUAUGGCCUCUUUUGUCAUCCCAUCCAUUUCCCGCAUAGCAACAGAUAUUUAUUCGUGCAUUACUGUGUUGUUUUAUC